GGGCAACGAGUCGACUCUAGUAAUCACUAGCACAAGCGCGCAUGGCGGUGGGGGUGGCCUCGCCGGCGGUAGGGAACGCUGCGGCGGGGGACGGGGGCGAGGCGGCGCCAGCGGAAGGGGUUCCGGGAAUGGGGGUAGAGGCGAAGGGGAAGGCAGUGCUAGUGGAGGGGGCGCCGCCGGCAAUCGCCGUCGAAGGGAACGAUGCGGAGGAGGAAGAGGACGAGGAAGACAAGGAGGAGGCGGCGGAUGCGGAGGAGGGGAGUGAGGAUGAUGAUGAGGAGGGGGAGAAGUGGCUGGGGUGUUACUCCUCUACGCAGAGCAUACUGCUCGUCGGCGAGGGCAACUUCUCCUUCUCGCUGGCGCUGGCCACCGCCUUCGGCUCCGGCGCCAACCUCGUCGCCACGUCGCUCGACACCGACGAGGCUUUGAAGAAGAUGUACUCCAGAGCGGAGUCUAAUAUAAUGAAUCUGAAGAGAUUGGGGGCCACUGUUUUGCAUGGCAUUGAUGUGCAAAAAAUGAAGUUUCACACUGACCUGAAAAACAGAAGGUUUGAUUGUAUUGUCUAUAAUUUUCCUCAUGCUGGCUUCAAAGGAAAAGAAUAUGAGGCGCAUAUGAUCAACUUGCACAAGAAACUUGUGAGGGGGUAUUUCUGCAAUGCACGCCACCUGCUUCGGCCUUGUGGCGAAAUCCAUGUUAGUCACAAGUCUGGAGCAUCGUAUGACAAAUGGGAUCUUGAGCAAAUCGCCGCUAAGUUUUCUCUUAUUUUGGUUGAGAAAGUUGGUUUCCAAAAAGCACAAUAUCCUGGCUAUAACCAAAAGAAAGGAGAUGGUCCAAUGUGUGACAAAUCUUUCCCACUAGGUACCUGUUUCACAUUCAGGUUCAGAAUUGGUGAUUUGAAGAAGCGGAAGAAACAGAAUCGGAGAAGGGCUGGAUUGGUCUCAUCCAUUGGAGGCAGCACAAGGCCAUCUCAUCCACCUCCACCUGUUGAGGCAUUGCCUGGGCUAGAUUUUCCUCCACCAGCUAACACAGAGAACAUGCCAAUGACCCUGCUGCCUCAUGUUGAUGUUCAAAGGCAACCAUCAGGUUUUGCACUAAACUUCAGUAGCAUACCGAGAGCUCCUUGUUUUCAUCCACUGGCCCCUGUCUGUCCAGUGCUCAGCAUGCCAGGGCGACUGAAUGCUUUGGGCACUACAGCCGGCAUUCCUCCACCGAUGGGCAGAAUCACGAGCACCACUCUCCUCACUCCUCAGGGGCAGAGAAUCAUUGCCAAACCGCUAGUAAGAACAACUGACUGCUGCUUUGCCUGGGAGUACAAAGGGAGUCUGCGGAGGGAGUUUGAGAUGUUGAGGCAAGUGAUGCCUGGAUCAACCAACUUGACCUAUUCUGCCUUCCUGGAACAUCGCCACAGGGAGUCUGUUCGGAGGCAGGAGUGGCUGCGCAGGAUGAUAGCAAACAGUUGUCAGUGAAGGACCUUCAUUGAAGGAUCGUCAUUGUGAUUUUGGGGAUCUAUGUGUAUCUGCGAAGAGGAUGUUCGAGUACAGGAACUUGACCUCCCCAGAUAUGCUAUGUUAGAUAUGACCACAAAGUGUUUUGUGUAUAGGUAGGGCCAUUUUGUGUGGCAAACACUGACCACAGCGGCAAAGCAGCGAAAGGAACGCUGAUACCAUUGUCUGCGUGAAGAUGUAACCCUGGACAGCCUAGCCUGUUUUUGCUAUGGAACUGCCUGGAUCGACGUAGAUUAAAUAUAGCAGUGUCACUUUAGGGAGUCCUUACAUGCAUGGUAAACCUGAAACCAAACCUCUGUCGUUCACUUGUUCUAUGGGGCAACGGUCUCUACUUGCAAUGGCUUUCUUCCUGCA